AUGGUAAAGAUCGGCCUCGUAUCUGAUACCCACUCUGCCGGCAGCGGUUGGGACUUGCCGGCCAACGUACUGCACGCCCUGGAGGGCUGCGACCUGUUGUUGCAUUGCGGUGACCUGGAAUGUAUCGGCGUGCUGGACUGUCUGGAGCAGGUGGCGCCGGUGCUGGCGGUGCGUGGCUACGAAGACCCCCGUGAACCUGGCGAUCGCCUCGCCGACGUUUCUCGCAUCGUUGAAGUUGCCGGGGUGCGCAUCGGCAUGGUGCAUGACAUCCAGUGGCCCACCCCCGCCAUCAUGACCACGCCCGACGGCGCCGGCUUGCAAUACCCAGCCUCUGGGCUGCCUGACCUCUUGCACCGCAAAUUCGGCGGGAGUGUGGAUGUGGUGGCGUUUGGUGAUACCCACGAAGAACUGAUUGAAUGGCGCGACGGCGUGCUGUUCAUCAAUCCGGGCAGCCCGAACUAUCCGGGCCGCCGCCAUGUCCCCGGGUCGCCCGGAACCGUAGCGCUCCUGCAAAUUCAGGACGGAAAGAUUGACCCCAGUAUCAUCAACUUGUCUGACUACGCAUAG